AUAAUUUGCAAUAAAAGAAAAGAUAAUAUAGCAUGAUUAGAUUCAUGCGAAUGAAUUGCAAUAUCAAUCGGACUUAAAUAGCGGCUUCCUUUGUUCCGGUGCCCGUUGAGUGAAUAUAUGAUUUAUUGUUUAUAUCGAGCUGCUGAAAUCAACCGAUUAUCAAACUGUCAUAGAAUAAAUGCGAUAUGCACUAUGUUCGGUCACGGCUAUAAUGGAGGAGACUUAUUAUGAAGAACCAACAGUUAAGCUGCUUGGCACAACUGCUUCCAGAGGAACGGUCAUAUAUGCCAGCAUAGGGGUAGGGAUCGCUUUAAUCAUAUUAGCGGUUGUAUUGGCUAUAGUAUGUAAGAAUGGACAACAUGAUAGCUCUAAAGAUAAUAUAAAAUGGGUCGUCAUUGGUAUUUUGUUCUUAAUAGUGAUCCCAGUAUUACUUUUACUUAUCCUAGGCGGACAGCUGAACUUGCAUCUUAAGCGGGGCAGAGCCAUCCUAUACUCUCAGUAUCCUUACGAAUCAUAUAUAAGCAAAAUUUUGGAUGGAAGAUUAGAUAUAAACGACGUACUAUUGUUCAUUGGAUAUGCGCUUAUAUGCAUCGGAAUCGUAUCGGUAAUAGGUGUGUCCAUCUAUGUUUUGGUAGAGGAAAAGAGUCAAGUAACAAAAAUUGCAGUUUUCGUCAGUAUCGUUCUUGGAUUUUUACUUAUAGGAAUAAUUAUGUACACAGCGAAUCCUACACUUUUUAAGAGUUUCAUAAAUGGUGUAUUUCACAAAACUGCUAAAAAAGUUGCUGAAACUGAAUCGGAUAGUAGUUGCACAUCUACGAAGUAAAUUGGACAACAAUUUCAGCUUCACACCGACAUAUACGAGAGAAUUUUUCAAAGCCACAAAGAUAUCGGUGCUACUGAUAAAAAAAUAAAGCAAGCGUUAUUAAGAUUAUCAUUGUAUACAAGUCAGUGUGUAAGAUAUAUGCAACGUAUACAUACGGCGUACCUGUCUACAUACCACAGUAGAAGU